AAGUUGAUAUUUGGGCUGAGUCUCUGCAUUCAGGAGGUAGAGGCAGGCAGAUUUCUCUGAGUCCCAGGCCAGCUUUUAUACAUAAAAGCAGUUCCAAGAUUCUAAAUUCCUAGUAUAAUAAGUAGAUUAAAAAAAAAAUUUGCUCUUUCCUUUAUGCCGCUGCCAUGCCGUCCAGACUGAGAAAGACCCGGAAACUCCGGGGCCACAUGAGCCAUGGCCAUGGUCGCAUUGGUAAACACCACAAGCAUCCAGGAGGCCUUGGGAAUGCUGGAGGCAUGCAUCACCACAGGAUCAACUUCGACAAAUACCAUCCAGGGUACUUUGGGAAAGGUGGUAUGAGGCAUUACCACUUAAAGAGGAACCAGAGUUUCUGCCUGACUGUCAACCUGGAUAAGCUGUGGACACUGGUCAGUGAGCAGACACGGGUCAAUGCUGCCAAGAACAAGACUGGAGCUGUUCCCAUCAUUGAUGUGCGAUCGGGCUACUACAAAAUUCCAGGGAAGGGAAAGCUCCCUAAGCAACCUGUCAUCGUGAAAGCCAAAUUUUUCAGCAGAAGAGCUGAAGAGAAGAUAAAGGGUGUUGGAGGUGCCUGAGUCCUGGUGGCUUGAACCACCCAGGAAGGUUAAUUAAAUGCUAACAGUUUU